CAAGGACAUCGAGAUGCGACGCAAAGGGGUCUACUGGACCGAGCCGGAGGCCAGCGCCCAGUGCACCGCAUACAGCACCAAACGAUACACCGCGGUGUUGAAGGAUGUCCCUCAGUCUCUCAACUGGCUGGAGGUUUGCUCAGACAUGCCGGUGGUUAUCCAUACUCGCACGAUUGACAGACCCGACAAAUGCGAGCGCAAUGACAAUGGGACCGUUCUUGGAACCUGGUUCGUCAACUUCAACGAACCUACAUGUGUGCCUUACUGGGAUGGCAUAUCAGACAAAGGCUGCGCACCGGGAGUGCUCGGCAUGCGGCGCCUACAAGGCCGUCUGUGGGGGAUACGUGCGGGUGAUGACUGGGAGAAGAUGUGCAGCACAACCCCUGCUACGUUCAAGGAUGCAUCUUUUGAGCACCCUACAUCAUGCCAGAACAAGGGAAGCCUCGGUGGCGGCGUUGUCGGUCUCUGGGACUACCCUGACGAGACUUGUUGAAUCUUUACCGCCUCCGAAGAACCUCGCCGAAACGUGCGUUACGCUCUCUACGACCAUCAACUAUAUCCUGCGACUCGGAUUGUAUUUCUCGUCACAUGCCUUUCGUACUCGUCUUGCUCUGUUGCUGUCACUAUCGUGCUCUUUCGUAUACAAAUUCCAGAUACAACUAUUUACGGCUGUCGGUUUCUUGUGGAGCUCCCUCGGGCAUGUCUGGGGGGAGCUGCGAGAAAUAUACUAC